AUGCUGGUGGCAAAGAGCAACUACAUAAGAAAACUGAUACUGGAAUCUGAAGAGAGAGAACUCACUAGAAUCGACCUCUCUGAUAUACCAGGUGGCCCUACAAUCUUUGAAAAAACCGCAAAAUUCUGUUACGGCAUCAACUUUGAAAUAACUGUCAACAACGUCGCUGUUUUGAUAUGCGCCGCGGAGUUCCUUGAGAUGACGGAUCAGUACUGCGAAAACAACCUCGCCGGACGGACGGAGGAGUUUCUCACGCAGGUCGCGUUCUUCACGCUCACUGGCGCUGUCACCGUCCUCAAGUCCUGCCACGACCUCCUCCCCUUCGCUGACGAAAUCAACGCCGUGAAACGCUGCGUCGAACCCAGUCAUCGCCGCCAUGAAGCAGCGAGGCGCAAAGGCUCUCACCGUCGCCGCCGCGCUCAUCACCUAAUCGGAGCGUGUGCUCCGAGAUCUCGCCCGCGAAACACCGGCAACAGAAUCCACUCGUCAGAUCCCGGCGAUUGCGAUUCCAGAUCCAAACAACGCCAGCUUCUGGAAUCAAUCGUGGAUCUCUUCCCCGCCGAGAAAGCAGCGUUUCCGAUCCACUUCCUGUGCUGCAUCCUCCGUUGCGCCAUCUACCUCCUUGCCUCCACCGCCUGCAAAAUGGAGCUCGAGAAGCGGAUUUCAGCGAUCCUCGAGCACGUGACCGUCGACUACCUCCUCGUGCUCUCGUUCAGCUACGACGGCGAGAGACUCUUCGAUAUCGAAAGCGUGCGUAAAAUAAUUUCCAGAUUUACGGAGAAUCAUAAAAGCAACGCGGUUUUCACCACCGGCGACUUCAAAGAGCCUUGCUCUACCGCGAUGCAGCGCGUCGUGAAAACCGUCGACGCGUACCUCGCAGAGAUCGCCGAGUUCAACGGCAUCGCCAUCCUGAUUCCUAAAAACGCGCGUAAGGUCGAUGACGAUCUAUACCACGCUGUAGAUAUUUACCGCAAGGCGCAUCCGAAGCUGGAUGAGAUAGAAAGAGAGAAGGUAUGCAGUGUGAUGGAUCCGUUGAAACUUUCAUACGAGGCGCGUGUGCACGCGUCGCAGAACAAGCGUUUGCCGGUGCAGAUUGUGCUGCACGCGCUUUACUACGACCAGUUGCGGCUGCGGAGCGGGCCGGAGGAGCGUGAAGUGACGUCGGAGAAGAAUCAGCUUCAGAUGGAUGUUUCGUUGGUGAGAGAGAACGAGGAGUUGAGAUCGGAGUUACUGAAGAUGAAGAUGUACAUUUCUGAUUUGCAGAAUAAGAACAUUCAUAACGCCGAUAACACUCAGGGGCAUGGAACAACGUCGUUUGGAACCACACAAAAAAAAAACACGUUCUUCUCCUCCGUGUCGAAAACGCUGGGAAAGUUGAACCCGUUCAGAAACGGGUCGAAGGACACGACCCAUUUGGAAGAUGGAAACGUGGAUUUGACCAAGCCCAGAAGGAGAAGGUUCUCUGUGUCAUAA